AUGGCGCCGAUGGGUGGCCGACUGGCCUUCCGGCCCGACGAGAGGCGGAAGGUGGCGGAAGUGAUCGGAGAUAUGGAUGCAGAGCAUCGCUCCGGGAGAGAAGAAUCGCGACCGACAAUAUACUCUGUAGUCGCAAGGCUUCACGCAAUCCGCAACCACCCGAUUGCUCGUCGCAAGCGGUCAUACCUGGAGCCUCUUGUUGAGAUGAUACUGGACGAGCGGGUGAAGGAGAGACUUUCCAAUGCCGAAAAUAUUGAUCCCAAUUCAGCAUCUGGCGAACCAGCGGUCUCUGCGACCGAGGCGGUCUCGACAUCCGCAGAACAAGAUACUGCUGACACAUCUGCGAUCGCUAUGGACCUGUCCACCACAGCAGCAGAUACAGAGGCAGCCAGAUCUGAAGCGUCACCAGGACGUGUGAGAAAACAGACGCGCCCAAAGGAUGGGAGGCGCUUACGAAAACGCAAGAGGGCACGAUCAGAAAGCGACAGCGGGAGCGAUCACGAGCAUAGGGAAAGGAGAGAUGGCGGGGACAGUGGGGGGAAAGCGGUGGUUCCGACGGUGAUACCGGCCAACGGGCCGAAGAUCAGCGACAUUUCGGGGAUGAACGAUGUGAUUCAGAAGCUGAUCAACUUCGUGUGCGUUCCACUGCAGCCGGGGUUCUACUCGAACCAGUCGGUGCUCCUGUACGGGCCGUCAGGGUGCGGUAAGACGCUCGUGGCGAACGCGAUAGCAGCCGAGACGAAGGCACAGUUCUUCGCGGUAUCGGGGCCGGAGAUCAUUGGCGGGGUCAGCGGCGAGUCGGAGGGCAACAUCCGCAACAUCUUUGAGGCGGCAAUUAGGAUGGCGCCCAGCCUGAUUUUCCUGGACGACAUCGAGGCGAUUGCGGGCAAGCAGGAGCAGACGGCCAAGGGGGCGAUGGAGAACCGGAUAGCGCUGACGCUGAAGAAGUGCAUGGACCGGCUGCAGUGGGAGACGGAAGCAGGCAAGAAUGUGGUGGUGCUAGCGGCGACCAGCGAUGCGAACAACCUGAACCCGUUGGUGCGGCAGCGGUUCGACAUUGAGGUGGCGGUGAGCGUGCCGAGCCAAGACGCGCGCGAGCAGAUCCUGCAGAAGAUGACGCAAGACAUGGCGCUGGCGGACGACGUGGACCUGAAGGAGAUUGCGCGGAUGACGCCGGGAUUUGUGGGCAGCGAUCUGAAGAACGUGGCCAAGACGGCCAGCCAGCUGGAGAUGGAGCGGGUGUUUAACGACAAGAUAGCACGGCUGCAGACCGUGGACGGGGCUGCGACAGACGACGGUCUGUUCUGGGGCAGUGCCGAACAUGUGCGUCUGAUGCACGCGGUCGUGGCGGCCGAGCAGCCAGCAGGCGAGACGAAGGUGGCAGAGCCUCGAAUCCCAGCGCGGAGCUUUCGGCAGGCGACGCAGCAGGUGGUACCAGCGGCCAAGCGAGAGGGAUUCAGCACGAUCCCGAACACGACAUGGGAGCAGGUGGGAGCGAUGGAGGCGGUGCGCGAGCAGCUGGAGAUCUCGAUCAUCUGGCCGAUCCGCUAUCCAGACCGCUAUGCGGCCGUGGGCCUGGAGGCGGUGGGUGGGAUUCUGCUCUGGGGGCCGCCAGGCUGCGGCAAGACGCUGGUGGCCAAGGCGGUGGCGAACGAGAGCAAGGCGAACUUCAUCUCGAUCCGCGGGCCGGAGCUGCUGAACAAGUAUGUGGGCGAGUCGGAGCGGGCGCUGCGCGAGCUGUUUGAGCGGGCCCGGGCGAUGACGCCGUGUGUCAUCUUCUUUGACGAGAUGGACGCGCUGGCAGCAAAGCGUGACGACGGCCGAUCGGAUGGAAGUGCGCGCAUCGUCAACACGCUGCUGACCGAGCUGGAUGGUCUCGUCGACCGGAGCGGCAUCUACGUGAUCGGCGCGACCAACCGGCCCGACAUCAUCGACCCGGCCAUCAAGCGACCCGGCCGUCUGGGCGAGAGCAUCUUUGUCGGCCCUCCCACGUCCGAUGACCGCGUGUCUAUUCUGCAGACGCUCUGUCGCAACGCUGCCCUGCCACCACCGCCUGCCGACACACCCAUGGCCGGCUCCGACGAGGUCGAGGCUGCGCGCGCCAGGGCCGCGGCCGACAAUCAAAGACUGCUCGCCGCUGUCGCCCGCGAUCGUCGCUGCAAUGGUUUCUCGGGCGCCGACCUCGACCUGCUCCGGCGCAACGCCGCCACCAACUGCCUCAAGCGCACCAUUGUCAGCGGCGAGGAGACGCACGUGUCCCAGGACGACUGGGAGGCCGCGCUGGCCAAGGUCAAGCCUAGCAUCAGCGCGGCCGAGCUGGAACGCUACAAGAAGAUGCGCUGA